AAAAACUUGUAUUAUAUUCUGACUCGUUAUAACUGUUUCGAAAAUGAAGACGAUGCGGCAGAAAACACCUAUAAAGGUGUUCCCAAAGGCGGCGCCUCUAUCAAGUCGUGGAAAUUCUGGCAACAAAUUGCCAAGCGAUCCAGUCCAUGUCUACUGUCGGGUUCGUCCAUUACCGUGCGAAUCCGAUCUGUCCUGUCUGCGGGUGGCCGCUCACAAUAUGGUCGUCUUAACACCGCCCGAAAUUGCGAUCAACUAUAAGAUUUCAAACCUCAAGGAAACCCAGUAUCUGUUCCGGCACGUAUUCGAACCGGCCGCAACGCAGCACGAACUGUACGCGACGGUUGCGCAACCGCUGGUUGAAGCGCUGAUCCGUGGGAAAAAUGGGCUGUUGUUCACCUAUGGAGUAACGGGUAGUGGCAAAACGUAUACCAUGACCGGAGAUAUACAGCAUCGCGGCAUAAUGCCGCGCUGCUUGGAUGCCCUGUUCCGUACCAUCUCCGAUUAUCAGGCGAAGAAGUUCGUUUUCAAGCCGGACCGGCUGAACGGGUUCGACAUCCUGUCGGAUGCGGACGCGAUGCUCGAGCGGCAGGCCGAACUGCACUCGCGCAUGAAUCGAAUGAAGCGGAAGGAUACGGAUCCGGAGCUGGCGUCGAAGGCCUCGGUCGAACCGUCCGAGGUUAGCGGAAUCGAUGAGGAUAAUAUCUACUCGGUUUUUAUUACAUACGUUGAGGUGUAUAAUAAUUGCGUGUACGAUCUGCUGGAGGAAACGACUUUUCAGAAGACAAUGCAAAGUAAAAUGGUUCGAGAGGAUGGCAAUCGCAACAUGUUUGUGCACGGUGUUACGGAGAUUGAGGUCAAAACGAUGGAAGAGGCACUGGAUGUGUUUGUCGUUGGGCAGAAGAGAAAGCGCGUCGGCCACACGAUUUUGAAUGCCGAAUCCAGUCGGUCGCAUUCGGUAUUUACUAUUCGCUUAGUGCAAGCACCCGUCGACAGUCAGGGGGAGCACGUGGUUCAGGACCGAGCAAACGUUACCAUCAGUCAGCUGUCGUUGGUUGAUUUAGCGGGAAGUGAGCGUACUAACAGGACCGGCAAUACCGGUCAACGGCUGCGCGAGGCUGGGAAUAUCAAUAACAGCCUGAUGACGUUGAGGACUUGCUUGGAAAUAUUGCGUGAAAAUCAAAUGACCGGCAGUUCCAAGAAGGUUCCUUAUCGUGAUUCAAAAAUUACGCAUUUAUUUAAGAAUUAUUUCGAUGGCGAAGGCCAGGUACGAAUGGUGGUCUGCGUCAAUCCGAGGGCCGAAGAUUACGAUGAAACCGCACAGGUAAUGAAGUUUGCCGAAAUGACUCAGGACGUUCAGAUCACCCGCCCAACGCCGGUGAAGGUCGACGUCGGUUUGACCCCGGGACGUCGCAAGGCACACCAAAUCUUCAAGAAAGCUCUUACGGAACUGGAGAAACGCCAUCCAGAUGUCGCCGGUAAAGUAGACAUUGACCUGGGAUUGGUUUACACCCUGGGUUCGAACUUCCCGGAAAUGAAAAUGGAUGAGCCCGAAUCGCAGGAACUUAUACAGGAACUCAUCAAGGUGCUGGAAAUGCGCAUUUCUAAGCGAAAGUUACUGUGCGAUGACUUUGAUGCACGACAGAAUCAGUUCCGAGCGAAUCUGAUGAAAAUGGAGCGGGAAAAUGUGGAAGUAAAGGCGGAAAAUAAUUCCCUGAAGGCUGCCUUGAACCACAAACAAAAGAAAUUGGAAGAACUGGAAAAGCGCAUCUCCCAUUACGAGGGUGUAGUCAGCGAAUGUAAUCUGCGUAACUGUGCUUUGGAGGACCAAGUGCGAGAGCUGAGACACCAGAUCAAUCAGAAAACUCAGCAAAUGAACCAGCUGAAAAUCGACGGCGAACGGCAGGCGAAAAAGUACAACUCAAAAAUGGCUGUCGAAACGAAAACAAGUCGUGAGCUGGAGCUGAGACUGCAGGGGCAGAAAAAUAAACUGGAAGAACAGGUGCGAGAAAGGGAUGAGCAGCUGCGGUUGGUUUCGCAGAUCAUUCAAACUCCGCAUAGACGGCCUCGAUCGAACAGCGUGGAUCGGCUGGCGGCGCCGACGCCGGUUAGCAGUCAAAAAUCAGUUGCUCCGUCCGCUGCAAAUGGAGCAGCACCGAUGCCUCGAUCCGCCAGGGGCGUUCCAGUAGCAAAUCCGCGUCAUCGUCGCUCCCGGUCUGCCGGACCGGAACGCUGGCUAGAGCAUCGCGCUCCGAAUCCCGUCCCGCUGGGAACCAUUUUCCAGCCGUACUACAGCGAUCGCAAGUCGGUCACCAAGCUGAGCGACGCCCGCGACGUAACGAAUGCAAAGGCUUCCAAGUAUUGUUUGAUUUCACAGGAAGCGGACACCGAAGGCGAAGUGGAAACGAAGAUCUUCAAGGGGGACGUUAUUCCCACCACCGGUGGAGGCGCUCAGGUUAUCUUCAACGAUGUGGAAUGUCUGAAGCAGUUUUCGCCGACGAAAUCACCCGCCAGGCGUAAGCGAACGAGUCCCGCUGCAAGCGCCCCUCCUCUCGCGGAAGUACAAACUACAAGCUCAAAGUGUAGUACGGCGAUCGAAGGCCACGGAGGAACUACCCCUAAAAAGCCUAAGUAUUAAAACUCAGCCGUUGUAAAUAAUAUUUACGAUAUCAUUUUUUAUUUGUCGAGUCGAAUCAAAUACACGAAUGAA